AUGUCCACCCUGAAGAAAUACGUCCCCAACUUCCUCCUCCCCACCGACCACCCCAGACAGCCGGGCCGCAUCUUCGACGUCCCGCUCCGCGGACAACUGUUCCACAAAGCCAGGCCGGAGGCGGGAAACGAGGCUGGCGUCGAGGAGAGCGAGCGUAGAAGGAGUUCUGUCGCUUCCACCGCCAACAACGACUCGAGGAGGGAGAGCUGGCAUCCCGGCAUGGCGUUUGAGGGGGUGAAGGCGAAGUUGCACUUCUAA